UCUUGACCAAAAAUUGACCUGUAUUGAGUACAUUAAGAAGAAAACAUCAUGGAGGUAGCUAGAAUUAGACAAUUGUUGCUCCUUUGGUGUAGAAUCAGAUCUAGUCGUGUUGCUCUUGUGGGUGGUAACCACACCGCUGCCAGGUUUUGCACUCGCUAAAUUCUCCUCUCUUCCACCGUUGGCUUUUCCUCUCUCUGUUCUUAUAGUA